CCGUGUUUCUGCAGCCGCGUCCAGUCGUCCGCCGCGCGCGCACCUAUCUACAUAGCUGUCGCUCCACACUCGCUUCGGAUCCGUCUCGUUGCGCACGCGUAUUACCCUCCCCCGAAGUACUCGGCACGUGUACUUACUCUAUCUCUUUCACGGGCAGCCCUCGUCCCGGACUUCCACGAACCUCGAUAAUGGGCCGAUAAAGACUAAUUACUGUGUGUAGUUUGCCAUUUAGGAAUCGAGUGACGAGUGACGGUUCGCGAGUGCAGUGUCAGGGCUGUGAUGGCUGAGAAUCACGCACUUAUACCUGAAGCUACCUCGAUGUAUACUCAGACGAACAUGAAGGAGUCUCACGACAUAUCAAAGAACUUGAUGAGCGGUGAUUUUGAGAGACAGUUUAGAGGUGCAAUGGUGCAGAAGACAGACAGGCGGUGGCAGACGUGGUUGAUCACGCUGACCGUGGUGUUUGGGGCACUAGUCGCAUGGCUGCUGGUGCUGACGAUUGUUCGUGAGGUGCAGGUUCGACAGUUGCGUCAUGAAGUAGACGAGCUGUCUGUCAACUUGAUUGCCAUGUCCGCUAAUGUCAAGAGUCUCAGCCAGAAGAUCGAGAAGAAUAAACUGUUCAACGAGUUCAAGGAUUUGCAGGACACGAUCUACGCAGAUGACGACAUCAGCAGCAUAGUGGAUGACAAGGAUGACACAAAGGACCGAGCGUAUGACUCUCUGGAGAAGCUGCACGGUCUAACGGUGCUGGAAGAUGACAAUCUGGGGGAUGACGAGGACCUUAUGGAUACGGGAGACGAUGCUGAGAGUGGAGACUGGUACCCUGAUUAUGAUAAGAGGGCACAGCAUGUAAACUUCGUGGACAACGUGGCCUUCGGAGACAAGCCUGUGUUGACCAAUAUCGGGGAGAUCAAGAGAAGACUGAAUGAGAACCCGGAAGACCCUGACUUGCCAGAGCUCCAGCCAGUCCAAGCAGCAGUGAAGCCGACUAAACCAACAGAAGAGGAAGGCUCCCGACACAAGCGCAGCGUCUUCCCUGACUCCCGAGCUGUUGAUGAGUUCGCGGCACCCAGGGUCACGGCCAAGACUGAUGACAGACGCAAAACGAAGAAGUUCUCCCCGAACUUGGACUACCCUCAGACCCCGAAGAUGGACAUGAGGAGGCCCUUCAUAGCGGCUCAUUUCCAUGGCAACACAUCUCAUUUGAGUCCUGAAAUACACGAACAUUACAAAGGUAACGGUCUAGUUCGCGUGUCCCAUGGCGCUGCUCACGAUGUGUGGUAUCCUGCACCCUGGACGGUGGCGUCACCACAUCCCCGGCCUACGCUCACUCGCAGCGGACAUGUGCAUGUACACCACACUGGUGUUUAUUUAGUCUAUGUACAGAUUUACUAUCUGGACAGUCACGACGUAAUCUCCUGGGUGCUUCACCGCACGAAUGCCGACAUUGAGGGUCGGGAAACGCUACUCCAGUGUGCUCAGUCAUCUCACUCGACGGAACAAAUCGACAAACCGAACUCUUGCUUCUCAGCAGCUGCCUUAUUCCUGAAGGCUGGUGACAGGCUAGCAGUGCGGAAUACAGGAGGAGACAGGCACUCCUUGAUGCAGCCCGAGAAGAGCUUCAUUGGAUUGGUGAAGCUAGCGGAUGCUGAGGACCCUACCCAAGAGCUGUAGACUCUCUACCUCCAAGUUCCACCAGUUUUUAGUAACUUUGUCUUCAUUAGAAGCUUCGAAUUGAGUCAAUAACACCUAAAAUGAGGAUUAAUCGAAAGGAAAACGCGAAAUGUCUUUCCUCCAAUUACCAGACUUAGCUCGUUACAAAGUUACUACAGAACUUGGAACAUUUUACUCCUAACUUGAUGUUAGUAAUAUAUGUCUGAAUAUAUUUGUAAAAAAACUUUACAAAUGUAUUGGAAAGUGAUAAUAUUGUUAUGUUAGUCAAGAAAGUGCCAUUGUUAUGGGUUACGAAGCAGUAAUUAAGUGUAGGAACAAAUGAAUUAGUGUAAAGAUUUAGUAUUGGCAUUAUAUUCAAACAGAUUGUCUAUAAUUUACGAUGAUGUAAAUUUUUGUACUAGCAACACAUCGAAAGUCUUGCCUUAUUAAAAAAACAAUGCAAACUCUUUGGUACAUUUUUAUUGUAAUGUUUUAAAUUAAAUAUUUUUGUGUUUUUAAUGGUGUUGAAUUAUAUGUUUACGUGUAUUUAGUUAUAGGUAUAUCGAGGAAUCGAAAGAUCUGUUAUACCAUUGAUAUUAUAAGUACCUACCUACUAACGUUAAAAAUUAAAAUAAUUUAUUGUACGUACAUACAUAGGUAUUCUUAUUUAAUACUUAUAGAUGUUUAAAUGCAAUCGCAUUUUUGAUAUUCAUUCAUGUUUUGUAAGUGAACAAAAUAAAUCUGUAUUAAAUGUAUCAUUUGUAUUUUAUUGCAAACAUUAUGUCGAAUUACAUAACUUUACUAAACCAAAGCUCUUACAGUUACAGAGUAAAAUAUAAAACAG